AUGACCUCAGCAUAUAACUUUUCUGAAACGGAUACUUCCGAUGAUAACGGAGAAGAGCUAGCAAAACUCCAAGAAGCGUGCAUAAGUCUACCGGACGGAACUGAAAUCAAGAGAGAAAAUGAAAUAUCUAGUAACCGACGUAAAAAGAACACUGAUAAAUCACAAUCUAGUCAUCAUGCCUGGCAACUAGAUGCUAGCCGAGGAUUGCAGGAUCAUGUUGCCAAAUUAUUAGACGGGUAUUUCGAAGCCAAUUAUGAUUUCAAAGUAUCAAAUCCGGACCUAAAAACAAGUCAAGACGAAGGUUCCAAUGAAGGUAUUUAUUUGUUUAAGAAUUCAGAGGUAAAGUUGAACGAAAGCGACGCGUUGAACGUUAGCAAUAGAAAACCUAUUCGCAAGAAACGACUUAGCAGUCAAAAAUUCAGCACGGAAGAUUUCAACUCUAGUGACGAUUCCGAGGAAAUUAUCAAACUGAAAGCAGUUGUUGUAUCCGGCGAUAGAAUACUUAGCCAAAGCGCAAUUCAUAUAGCUGGUCCUGAUAAGGAGUUAUCGAAUUCUGAAAAUGGUUCAAAUGACUUCGCUGAGAUUAUUAGCCGUGAAGCUCAUAAAAGGAAAAAGAUUAAGCACGACAAAAAGUCAAAAAAGAAAAAAUUAGAGAAAAAGAAGAAGGAAAAAAAGAACAAAUGCUAA